GGGGCUGGGGUGGAGCGGGGCGCGCAUCGGGUUGAGGGGAAGGGACAGCGCCGGGCUGGGCUCUGGUGGCCCCGCUGGUGGCCCGGUUGCCGGCCGUGCGUUAACGAGUGAAUGCACCGUGCUCAGCCCGCCCCGCCCUCCGCUGCCCCGGGAGCCGCCGGCGCAGGUCCCGGUUGGGGCGGGGGCCGGGCCAGCGCAGCCCCCGGGCAGCGGCCCGGGGUCCCGUGGGCUCCGGUGCUUGAUGCAGGUGCCCCCCAGGAUUGUAGGAACCCCCCGGCUGCUCGCCGGGGUUACCGGUCCCUCCUCUCCUGGGGAGGGCAAGCAGGGCGAAGAGGCGAGUGGCCGCGGUGCACCCCCGCGCUCGCUGGGCGCUCCCGGAGGCCCCGGAGCUGGGCACAGCUGGGCUGGCGUGUGGAGCCGGGGAGCUCGCUAAGGAAAGCGGCGAAAGGGACUCCUCAGCAUAGUUCCUAGGACUGCAAGGAGUCAAUAAUGACUCACUGCCCACCAUAAAGGCUUACAGGACACUGCCUUUUCCAGAUACUUUGUGCCCUGGAGGAAAACAAUCUACUUCUGCUACAGCACUUUGUGAGCUUCCAUCUGUUCCUGAACCAAGCAGACUUACAGACCUCCUUCUGGAUGACCAACGUGUGUUUUAAGUGGUUCUGUCGGCAACCAAGUCUCCAACUUCCCACUCGUUCCAGCUGGUAGCAACGUUUAAAAUGCAGAAAGAUCACAAUCCAGGAUCACACCAACAUUUCCCUUAAGACUUCCUAGAUGAUUGUAGUUGCUUUGGUUGUGUUCUAUGCUAGCAGAAGCCUUUUCCAAGGUCUGCUGUUGACUCUAGAGCACCACAUUCCCCGUUUCCUGGGAGCCCUGGGGGCUGGCAGCAUGGGGAACUCGUGCGUGUGCCGCGACGACAGCGGGGCCGAGGACAACGGGGACUCUCGUGGCAGGCAGAGUGACAACAGCAGAACGCACAUCCCUGAAGCAAGGAGCCACCCAAGGGACCCUGUCCGUCCACCCAGGAGGGGUCGAGGGCCUCAUGAGCCAAGAAGGAAAAAACAGAAUGUGGAUGGGCUGGUGCUUGACACACUGGCUGUAAUUCGGACGUUGGUAGAUAAUGACCAGGAGCCUCCUUAUUCAAUGAUCACGUUGCAUGAAAUGGCAGAAACAGAUGAAGGCUGGUUGGAAGUUGUCCAGUCUUUAAUUAGAGUUAUUCCAUUAGAAGAUCCCCUGGGACCAGCUGUUAUAACGCUACUACUUGAUGAAUGUCCACUGCCAACGAAAGAUGCAUUACAGAAGUUAACUGAAAUAUUAAACUUAAGUGGAGCUGCUGCUUGCCAGGACGCUUGUCACCCUGCCAAGCACCGGAACACGACUGCAGUGCUCGGCUGCUUGGCAGAGAAAUUAGCAGGUCCUGCAAGCAUAGGCUUACUCAGCCCAGGCAUAUUGGAAUAUUUACUUCACAGCUUGAACUUCCAGUCCCACCCGACAGUGAUGCUUUUUGCACUAAUAGCACUGGAGAAGUUUGCACAAACAAGUGAAAAUAAAAUGACAGUUUCUGAAUCGUGCAUUAGCGACCAACUGAUCUUGCUGGAGAAAUGGACAGAUAAUCCAGACUACUUAAAACGCCAGGUUGGAUUCUGUGCCCAGUGGAGUUUAGACAAUCUGUUUUUAAAAGAAGGCAGACAGUUUACAUAUGAGAAGGUUGACUUGACCAACAUUAGGGCUAUGCUGAACAGUAACGAUGUCAGUGAAUACCUGAAGAUCUCACCACAUGGAUUAGAGGCACGAUGUGAUGCCUCGUCCUUUGAAAGUGUAAGAUGCACAUUCUGUGUUGAUUCUGGAGUCUGGUACUAUGAAGUUACAGUCAUUACUUCAGGAGUGAUGCAGAUAGGAUGGGCAACCAAAGACAGCAAAUUUCUCAACCAUGAAGGUUACGGCAUCGGGGACGAUGAGUACUCGUGUGCGUACGACGGCUGCCGGCAGCUCAUCUGGUACAACGCCAGAAGUAAACCACAUUCCCACCCCUGCUGGAAAGAAGGAGACACAAUAGGAUUUCUACUAGACUUGCAAGAAAAGCAAAUGAUCUUCUAUUUAAAUGGAAACCAGCUUCCUGCUGAGAAGCAAGUAUUUUCAUCUGCUGUAUCAGGGUUUUUUGCUGCAGCAAGUUUCAUGUCCUAUCAACAAUGUGAGUUCAACUUUGGAGCAAAACCCUUCAAGUACCCACCACCAAUGAAGUUUAGUACCUUCAAUGAUCAUGCCUUUCUGACAGCAGAAGAGAAAAUCAUUUUGCCCAGACACAGGCGCCUGGCUUUGCUGAAGCAAGUGAGUAUCAGAGAGAACUGCUGCACACUUUGCUGUGAUGAGGUAGCAGACACAGAACUCAGGCCAUGUGGACACAGUGACCUGUGCAUGGAGUGUGCCUUGCAAUUGGAGACCUGCCCUUUGUGUCGACAGGAAAUACAAACCCGAGUCAGACAGAUCUCUCACAUUUCAUGACACACGUGGAGAAAUACCACAGACUUGUUUUUGAUGAACUCCAACCAAUACUGAGAGGGGAAAGCAUCUCUAACCAAUCUUUAUGCACAUAGAACCAUAGCCACGGCCAGAUUUCAUGCUAACUUGUAAUCUGUUUAUCUUAAAACCGAGAUCUUUAAUAAGCUCUUUCCAGCUGCCAGUGAUGGGAGCUGGUUUCAGCAGUCAGGAGCUAUGGCUAUUGGUUCCUCCAAGCAAGAGCUGAGGGAGUUGUCUCUUCUUCCCCUUUUCCUUCUCGCCUGUCGCAAGUGCUGAAAAAAUUUGCACUGGAAGUACACAUACAAUGCAUUUUAGAAAAGAAGAGAAAAUAACUAUUUCCUAAAACAGGGCCGUGCUGUCUUGUGCUCGAAAGUCUAUUUUUGGCAGAAGUCAGUACUAAAAAGAGAAUGCCAAUG